ACAAAGCGAUGGAUUUAUCGUCAUGAAACUGUUAAAUAAUUAUCACUGGUGCCGAAGAUUGAAUAUUUAUAAUAUCAAUACAUAUAGGCCUAGAGAAAUAUGCCCUUUCCGUUAAAUUUAAGGGGGGAGGUCCUUCCUCAAUAGGCAGUUCAGGUAAAAAUUCUCAACGAUUUCACAAUUGUGGGGUCAGUGCAGGUAACCAUCUGCCACCUGAAUAACUACGGGAUUAUUCCAAGGGCUGCAAAAAAGGCUAUUACCAUUUGGAGUAAAAAAAUUAAUUUUAUAAAUGUUUAUCGAUUUAUAAAAGUUUGAAGCCAAUUGACCGACAUAACGAAAAAGAAAAAAUAGCUUCUGAAUCCGUUCCUUGCCGAAAUUUUCUCCCGAGAAAGGCCUACUGUCGACGCCACUGCUCCUGCUGCAUCGCUUUUUCGUCUUUUCUGUUUCUUCGGCAAGUGGACAACUCAAACAUCAGGGAGGGGAUAAAAAUGCGCAGAGUGGUGAAGAGAGUGAAACUGCCUCGCCAGAGGCCAGAUCCGAGAGAGCUGGUUUUCGAGUUGAUACAAGUGUAGCAACUAGUUUACAAAGUCGACGCAUUUUUCUCACUUGAAUCACGUACACCUGUUGCUCUAUAUACGUGGAUAUCAGACUCGGGUUUUGGUGUCAUAUCGCAGGCUAGUGUCUGUUUUAAAUUGUUGCACGUGUAGGGAAUUGUUGUGUUCGUGGGAAGUACCUCAGUGGACGAUUAAAGUUCAUUUGAGAAAUUUUUUUCGCCAGCGUUCUUACAUUGGGCUUCGAUCACUCUGGAAUUUCUUCGCGAAUAAGCGCUCCAGGUCCGAGGUAUCAAUUCUUAUUUGAUAUAAAGGAGUUUUAGAGCAUCAUAAUAUCACAGUGUUAAUAUUAUUGCAAUUUUUCAUUCCCGGCGUCGAUUGUUUCGAGUAAAAAUUAUUGAGAGAAAUUUUUUUAGCUGAUACAUUCUCUGUGUAAGUUUGAUUUGUUCGGUUAAAUAAAUAUUCAUUACUUGAAUAUUUAUCAUGAGUGGAGUAUGUGUCACCUCUGACGGUGGCAAAAAAGUGACAAAUGAUCCCGAUGACUCGGGGAAUUUGGAGCGUCCGGAGGAGCAUUUUGGAACUCGAGUGAAUGAAAAUAAUGGAAAAAGUGGAAGACAGGAUGUCUCCAUGUGGGAUGAGAGCGAGUAUUCGUGCAACGAUGAAACAGCGAGUGCUGCUUCAUCAGCGAGUUUAGGGAGUCACGAGUCAAAUGAGUUCAACGAGUCAUCUGGUUACAAUUCCCCGGGUAAUGAGGGGGAUCUAAAGUGUCGGGGUGUAGAGGAGUUGGAGGGGCUCGAGGGACUAUCCCUAGAUGAUGGCCCCAUCCGGGCUGGGGGUGGAAACGCGACGGGGACGAACAAUGUUGGCUGGGAGGCUGGUGAUAAUUCCGAUAGAUUUUACGAGGCUGUGAGAAUCGGCGAUUGUAGGAGAGUCGAGGAGAUGCUGGGAGAGGGGGCUAUUGUGGAUGUUGAUGAGCCUAAUUGGAAUGUUUCGGGAGAUCCACCACUACUGGUGGCCGCCACCAAUCAUUGUUACGAUGUUUUAAGAUUAUUAUUGGCAAAGGGUUGUAACCCAGGUGUCCGUUCCCCCCGAGGUGAAACGGCACUCCAUCGUGCAAUAAUAAAUCGAGGUCCAUUCAAAGCCCGUAAAUUUGUGGAGGAGCUUCUGCGACACGGCUGUUCCCCGGGUGUAAAAGAAGCCGGUGGUGGCUUGACAGCGCUCCACAUGCUCACCCGUCAAUUGGCCCACGCGUAUUCAUCGAGGAUCUCUCAAGUGGACUUUCAAGAGGCUCUCGAGACCCUCAGUGUUUUGGCAAAGGCUGGGGCUGUCAAUGAAAGGGAUCACCAGGGGCGAAAUGCUUUGCACAUAUUGGCGUCUUCAAUCACAUUCGACAACAGCAGAGCCGAAAUUGAGUCUGUGAUAGGCGCACUGCUCUCAGCGGGGGGUGACCCGUUACAAAAAAACGAUCGUGGCGAGACACCGCUGCACGAGGCCCUGGAAUUCGGUGCCUUGAAUACAGCCGAUCUUCUGAUACCUCACACACCAACGGGUUUGACGUCUCGAUAUGGAGAGACCCCCCUGCACAUUGCAUCGAGGAAAAAUUACCUUCAAAUUGUGGAUAAACUGUUAAUGCGAAACGAAAACCCGAGAGCUCAGGACGCAGGUGGCAAUACUCCAGUUCAUUUAGCUGCUGCCCGGGGCUACCACAACGUUGUCUCCCAGCUGAUGACUUCGAAUCUCGUACAAUUGGAAAUUAAUAAUGACGAGGGGCUCACGGCUCUUCAGGUGGCCGCUGAAAGCGGAUUUAUCGAUACUGUCAAAGUUCUAAUCGACGCCGGGGCCGAUCUCACGUGCAUCAAGGGCUCCACCACAAUUUAUCAUCGCCAUCCUGAUAUCUCGAUGGUUAUAGAUAAGGAGAGAACAAAGAGAAAGGAGAAUCACACUUGAGAGGCCAUUGGAGGAUAGAAAUGGAAUGAAUAUUUAGCCGAGACAUCGAUAGCAUCAGUGUCUUUGGUAAUCGCCGUGGGGUCCUCCUCGAUAUGUAAAAGAUUACUUGUUAUUGCGAUAGGAGCAUUGGAUUUCAGUAGUCGAGUGGGAGGCAAGAAUGAGCGAACUCAGUACUGCUAGAGCAUAACUCAUUAAAAUUCCAGUGAAGUUUAAAAUAGUAAACAGUAAAGUAUACGCAAUUUGGGAAUAUUUUUUCAUCGACGAAUGUCCUAAUUUUUUGGAUUUACAAUUAUUGAUAAUGUUCAGUGAGUAAUUACUCGAAAAUUUAUAGGUUCCAUUCAUCUGUUUCUAAAGUAAUCAUAAACAAAAAAUACUGAACUAAAUGAUUUUUGUUCCUAAAAAUUCCUGGAUCGUAAUAAAGCCCCAAAACCCCUUCAUAUAACAUCUCCAUAUAUUUAAUAAAUGUAUAAUUCCGAAAUCAGGCAAAAAUUAACGAAAUGAUAGUGUAUUAUCUCUGUUUUCUUUGGUGACUUAUGUACAGUUAAUAAUGUAUAAAAUAAUGUUUCCCUA